ACGCGCGAGAUUCACUGGCACGCCUGCGCGCCGCAAAGAGUUCCUGGGAAAUGUAGUUCCCACCUUCUGGAGGGCCGCCCAGGCGCCCCUCAGCCUCUUGGGAAAUGUAGUUUCUGGCUGAGGAGAGCGGGGCUGGCGCUGCGAGGGCGCGGAGGCAGGCGCGCGGCGGGCAGGCUUGGAGGGGGCGGGUCUGCGCGGGCCUCACAGCCUGAGUAGAGGGAGGUCACGGCGUGACCGUCGCCACCGCCGCCGCCGGUGCGAGGUCGAGUCGCCGGGCCGCAGCCAUGGCCUACUGCCGGCAGGAAGGGAAGGAUCGAAUCAUAUUUGUGACCAAAGAAGAUCAUGAGACGCCAAGCAAUGCGGAGCUGGUGGCUGAUGACCCCAACGAUCCCUAUGAGGAGCACGGAUUGAUACUGCCCAAUGGAGACAUUAACUGGAACUGCCCUUGCCUCGGGGGCAUGGCCAGUGGCCCGUGUGGGGAACAGUUCAAGUCUGCCUUUUCCUGCUUCCACUACAGCAAGGAGGAUAUCAAGGGAUCAGACUGUGUAGACCAGUUCCGGGCCAUGCAGGAAUGUAUGCAGAAAUACCCCGACCUCUACCCCCAGGAUGAUGAGGAGGAGGAGGACGAGAAGAAGCCCGCAGAACGGGACGCAGACGCAUCUGCCAGGGAGGCCACUGCAACCAAAGAAGAGAAGGGGUCCAGCUAAUGAAGGCCCCGCGGCCUGGGCUCCAGUCCUCCCACUUGAGAGUGAUACGGACCUUUACAAAAUGCCUUUUAUUCACCUCCCAGGAAGUGUCUUUCCUCUGUUCUGUGCACUGUAAUGUACAAAAUAACUUAUUUUGUUGAUUAGGGGUCUUGGCCCCUUGAUAUAUACACUGAAAAAAAUGGGGAUUGUAUGUAUGUGCGUUUUACAUAAACCUAUCAGUGAAUGUAGCUGCCACUUCCAAAUUCUCUUUUUCUCAUCCUCAGAUUUUUGAAAUAAUGUGCUGAAUAUUCUCAGCAACCAAAAAUUAUUACCCAGGAAUAUUUCUUGAGAGUGAGCUGACUCAUUCUCAUCUAUUACAUCCAUUUAAAUAAAUUGAAGCAAAAACUUCUUCCAUUAAAUGUGCUGGAAUGGGGCCAUUCCUAGUAGAAGAGGCCAGGUGGUGAGAUCCAUAUUUCUCAGAAGGCGUCUUGACUUUGUGUGAAUGAGGGUUCCAUACUUCAUUCCUGAUACAUUUUGGUUUCUGUGUUUGCAUUAAACUCCAGAUUUUCUUAGUUUAGAAAGUGGAGGCUUGGGCUUUCCAAUUCACAGUCGCUUUUUAAGUGAAAGCAAAGGCUCGUUUUUCCUGCUCCUUGUUUUGCUGUUCUAGAAAGGCCUGGUUUGGGGCCAUUGUUCAGACUGGCUCUCAGUCUGGUCAGAUGCUGUGUUCUUGAGAUGUGGGGACCUACUUGUUACCAGAGUGGCAGCGCAGAGAGGAAACGGUGUGAAUGAAGUACUCCAUUAAAAUAAGACUUGAUUUGUA